AAGGCGGGAGCCACGGUGACGUGUUUCCGGUGUCAUGUCGGCCCUCAGCUGCAGCCACAUGUCUGUCUGUUUAAACGUGUUUUUAAAGGUUUUCCUCCUCAGCUGUUCUUUAAUGAUCCAGGUUUGACGAAGCAAGACAAAGUCAAAAGAUGGCAGAAGUUGUUCAAGAGAAGAGUCGUGGCUUGAAGUUUGCGGAGCAGCAACUCCUGCGUCACGGCUGGGAACACGGUAAAGGACUGGGGCGAGCUGAGAACGGCAUAUCAGAAGCUAUCAAGGUCAAAGUGAAAUGCGACAAAGGAGGAGUCGGCCAUAAAGAAGGGGAUCAGUUCACCUUCCACUGGUGGGAUCACGUCUUCAAUAAGGCCUCUUCCAGUCUGCAGGUGGAAUCUGAUCAGAAUGGCAUUCAGCUGAAGAGGACGGUGGAGGAAGAUGAAGAGGAUGGGAUGAUCUCCAAUAAAAGGCCGCGGAAAGCCGCGCUGGCUAAAGCCAAACUUUAUGGAUGCUUUGUCAAGUCGGCCACACUGCUGUCUGGUCAGGAGCAGCCGGAGCCGAAGGCUUCCAACUCAGACGACAGCAGUAGCUCAGACGAGGAGGAGGAAGACAAGAAACUGGAUCUCUCCAGCACCAUCAACCUUUCUGAUAAUGACCUAAUGAAGGCCUGUGGAGGACGCACGGCUCACAAAGGAGCCAGGCACGGCUUGACCAUGAGCGCCAAGUUAGCCAGGCUAGAGCAGCAGGAGGCCGAGUUCAUGGCCAAGUACAGCAAGAAGAGCCAGCCAGCAACUCCACCAACCUGCCAGUCAGCUGAGCCGAGAGCUGAGAGGCGGGAGGAGACGGACGAGGACUCUCAGAGGAAAAAGAGGAAAAAGAAAAGAUCUACUGGACGCAUCGACGAGGUUGAUGUUGAUGACGCGUCUGAACGUUCGGAAACGAAACCCAAAAAGAAGAAAAAGAAAGCCAGUGAGGACGCCGUGACCUGUGUGGAGAACGGUGAAGCAGACCAUUCACACAAGACAAAGAGGAAACAUAAGAACAAUGAAGAGGAAGAGAGAGUGACUUCACCUGCGACAGAGAGUCCGGAGGAGACUGCUGAGCUGCACACUGACACACAAGUGAAGAAGAAGAAGAAGAAGAAGAAAAAGAAAUCCUCUAAACAUGCCAGUGAGCCUGCAGAGGAAGAGCAGUGUAACGAAACAGAGUCCAGCCAGUCGGAGCCGGUUCAGGACCGCGCUCCAAAAACCAAGAAGAACAAAUCUGCUGUUUUGUUUGAGGAAGUAAAGCAGAAAAGGAAAAAAUGCAAAAAGGACAAAAGUUCAAUAGAUGACAGUUUAAACAAUGAGGUGCUUCCUGCAAAGAAGAAAAAGAAGAAAUCCAAAGAGUAGUGUUUGAUGAAACGCUUCGGAAGUUGAUGAACAGGUUUAAAUUGCUGUUUAGAGGAACUUACAUCAGCCAGACAUCGACUAAAUGGAGGAGGUGCUCUCUGAUUUGACAUUUGACCUGUAAAUGAAUUGAGAUGUCUUCUGUUGUUUGGAGAAUGUAUUUAAUUAGUAAAUCAAACCAGUUACAAGAUGAUGACAUCCAACUCUUGUGCCUCUUCUGCCUGUUAAACAACCUCACGUGUGUCAUGAAAUAGAUUUUUCUUAGUCGACAUCUGAACUGUUGAACUUCGGGUUUGCGGAUUUUCAAGUGACUGAAUAAACCGUGUCUGUUUUGAUGUUUGGUGGCGAUGUAAACCUUUUUAAAGAAUGUUCCAACAUGAAAUGUGUUGCUGAUUCAGCUCAGCUCUUUUAGUCUGAUGCCAAACUCUCUCUGCUGAUACAGUGCAACCCAAACCAAAAGUCCAAAAAUCAAGUCAGUGUUGACAUUUUUCGAUUGGGACAUCUCAUAUGAAUAGAUGUGGUGCCGAUUUAACUUGCCUUUAAUGCCCAAAUAAUGUGGAUUAAGCCUUUAAGUGGAAAACUUGAAUCAAACGUCAAGAAAUGAGUGUAGUUUCAUUAUUUUAAUAAAAGGAGGAAAGAGACAGAAGUUCACAUGAUUAUAGAAGUACUGUUAUUGCAUGAAAUCCUGAAUUUUAUAUGCAAAUUAAACGUGGCACAUCAAA